AUGGCGACGACCAUUGUAUUACCGGGCGACGUCAUCCCGAAGAGCUCAUUACCCUCAGGCACAGGCAAGAAGAAGACGUUGAAACUCGGUCCCGGCCUGCGACACAUCCCACCAAACACAGUCGUGACCACCAUCGCCGGCGCAUUAACUAUAGACAACAAGAAGAAUGCCGCCGCCGUCGAAGCCAACACCGGUCGGUACACUCCUUACACUGGCGACCUAGUAAUAGCAACCGUCUCCUCCUCAGCCGCCGAAAACUUCAACUGCCUCCUCUCCCCCCACACCCCCUUCGCCACACUCCCACAUCUCGCCUUUGAAGGCGCCACGAAGAAGACGCGGCCCCAACUCCCCCCUGCCUCCCUCGUAUACUGUCGCGUCGCAAGCGCGGGCAAAGACCUGCCUCCCGAGCUGACGUGCGUGGAUCCUUCCACGGGUAAAGGCGAUGGUCUGGGCCUGCUGAAGGGCGGCAUGUUGUUUAAGAUUAGCUUGGGCAUGGCGAGGAGAAUGUUGGCGGCGAAGGGCGGGCUGCCGUUGCUGGAAACGAUGGGGUCGAAGGUGGGAUUUGAAGUUACGGUGGGGAGGAAUGGGCUUGUGCAUGUUGAGGGGGGCAAUGUGAGAACGACGUUGGCGGUAGGCAGGGCGAUACAGGAGGUGGAUGAGAAGGGUUUGGGUGAGGAGGGGCAGAAGAAGGUUGCUGCGAGUGCACUGAAGAAUAUCUGA